AUGAACAAGUGCUGGUUCGUUCUCGAGCAGUCUUUUUAUACCGCUCCGGUCUAUACCAAUACUUCCCGGGCCGGUGGCCAGACGGAGAGCGGCAACCUGCGUCUCGGUGAUGUGGUGCCUAGCCCCGACAACAUCUACCCUGUGCUCACCCAGGGCACCCUGCCAUUCUUUGGCCGCGAGAUGCGUAUCACACAGACCCAGCUCGGCGAGUUCAAGUGGGAUCAGACCCACGAGCGCCAAGACGGCGCGAAUGCCGGCGCCGGGGCCCCGGUUGCUGCGGCCGCUGGCGCCACCCUGAGCGCCGAGAUCAGCGCCGAGUUCAAGAGGACCAUGAAGACAUGGGCUAACUUCAAUACGCUCGACACAGAGGUCGUGCAGCCGAGUAACACCUACAUCGAUCAGGUCAUCGCCCACUCCGACGUGCAGAACUAUAUCGAACAGCACAAGAUCUGGCCCCUGGACCGGUGGACCGUCUACGUGGUUAUCGGUCUGAUGAUUGCGCGGGCUGGCGGCUCGAUUGGCGGCUCUAAGUUGAACUCCCAGGCCUUCCACAGCGACAUCGACCUGGACAUUGCCGGCGCUGCCAACCUUAAAAUCGGCGAUACGCACAAGAACAGCACAGAAACCCACAUGUCUGCCCAGAUCCAGGGCGACCGAGUGUGGGCCGUGCGAUUCGCAAAGGUUCAUAAGGGGCUGCUCCGCCGGAAGUGGAUGCAGACAGAGGAAACGGCCGGCGCGGCGCUGGACGGAGACGAGGAAGGCGAGGAGCAGGUCCAAGAGGUCCUGGAGCGCGAAGGGCUGGGAAAAGCCGUGGUCACCGAGUGCACGACUGCCUUUGGGGGCACCGAGACGUGGUCCUUUGUUACGAUGGUUCCCGACGCGACGCAUGAUGCUUAG